CUAACAGCACACACAUCUGCAUCAGCCCAGUCAUUCUCGCCCUCGGCGGCUGCCCGUCUCCUCGUCGUCCUCCGCUUCGCCGGCGCCCGCGCCGUCCGGCCAUGGGCGUGCUCACGGCGGCGGAGCUCAACUUCCUCGUCUUCCGCUACCUCCAGGAGUCCGGUUUUAUUCAUGCAGCAUUUACUCUAGGGUAUGAAGCAGGGAUCCAUAAGGGUGGCAUUGAUGGAAAUGCUGUUCCACCUGGUGCUCUUAUCACUAUUGUGCAGAAAGGCCUCCAGUACAUAGAGCUGGAAGCAAAUACUGAAGAGAAUGAUGAAGAAAUUGAGAAGGAUUUUGCCCUUUUGGAACCACUUGAAAUCAUAACAAAGGAUGUUGAAGAGUUGCAAGAACUUGUGAAGAAAAGAAAAAGGGAGAGAUCUCAAACUGAUCGUGAGAAGGAUAGGGGAAAAGAGAAAGAACGUAAUGAGGAGCAUGAACGGCGUCCUGGAGGCGAACGUGAGAGGGAUCGCCAUGACAAAGAAAAAGAACAGGUGAGGGAGAAGGAUAAAUCUGAAAAAGACAGGGAGCAUGAGAAAGAAAAGGAGAAAGAAAAGCAGCAUACAGAGCGUAUUGAUAAGGUUAAGCAUGAGGAAGAUUCUCUUGCUGGCGGAGGCCCUACUCCAAUGGAUGUAAGUGUAACUGCUCAGGAGAUUUCUAGCACCGAUGUGACUGUUUUGGAAGGGCACAGUUCUGAGGUUUUUGCUUGUGCAUGGAGUCCAACUGGUUCUCUUCUAGCUUCAGGGUCAGGAGACUCGACGGCUAGAAUCUGGACAAUUCCGGAUGGUCCAUGUGGUUCCAGCAUGCAAUCAUCUCCUCCGGGUGUUCAUGUUUUGAAACAUUUUAAGGGUCGGACCAAUGAGAAGAGCAAGGAUGUCACCACGCUUGACUGGAAUGGUGAAGGUACACUACUGGCUACAGGCUCCUAUGAUGGGCAGGCAAGAAUAUGGAGUAGAGAUGGAGAGCUGAAGCAGACACUGUUCAAACACAAGGGUCCCAUAUUUUCGUUAAAAUGGAAUAAGAAAGGAGAUUAUCUCCUAAGUGGAAGCGUUGAUAAAACUGCUAUUGUUUGGGAUACAAAGACAUGGGAGUGCAAGCAGCAGUUUGAAUUUCAUUCAGCUCCAACACUAGAUGUUGAUUGGAGAAAUAAUAACUCUUUUGCAACAUGCUCAACUGAUAGCAUGAUCUAUGUUUGCAAGAUUGGGGAACAGCGUCCAGUUAAAUCAUUUAUUGGUCAUCAGAGUGAAGUGAAUGCUAUCAAGUGGGAUCCAACUGGUUCCUUUUUGGCUUCAUGUUCUGAUGAUUGGACAGCUAAGAUAUGGAGUAUGAAGCAAGAUAAGUGUGUAUUUGAUUUUAAGGAGCAUACCAAGGAAAUAUACACCAUUCGGUGGAGCCCAACAGGCCCAGGAACAAACAAUCCUAAUCAGCAGCUGCUUUUGGCAAGCGCAUCUUUUGAUUCUACUAUCAAGCUUUGGGAAGUUGAGCAAGGACGCCUUCUGUACAGCUUGGCUGGCCAUAGGCAACCAGUGUAUUCUGUGGCAUUUAGCCCUGAUGGCGAAUACUUAGCGAGUGGAUCCCUGGAUCAGUGCCUACACAUCUGGUCUGUGAAAGAAGGCAGGAUCCUCAAGACCUACAGAGGGACUGGUGGCAUCUUCGAAGUUUGCUGGAACAAGGAAGGCAGCAAGAUCGCGGCCUGUUUCUCGAACAACACUGUCUGCGUGAUGGAUUUUAGGAUGUAGUCCAACCAGUAUGGUAGUGCAUAGCAGGCUUAAAAACAGGGCUAUGCCUAUAUCUGUCCUUCCCACGGAGACGUGGGAAGAGCGUCAUUGUUAGCUUAAUGUACAUCUUAGGUGGUUUAAUUUCUCCAUCCAUGUACAGUUUUCUUCUCGGUUAUAUUGACCGUAGAGCAGCUAUGUUGUAAUGCAGGUCCUAACAGGGUUUAGUCGUAUGGAAAUGUUUUGGUGGUAAAAUGCACAUCAUUCCUUCUGACCACACUCAA